GUCCCAGAUUUCUGAUUACCAGUGUGCAAGCUGGCUAGCCUUAGGAUGAAUCAGGGAUGAGACACAGCACUAACUCCUUGACACACUCACAAAGAGACCGCACUGGCUUUUCAAUGCACACUCACCCUUUGCUCAUGACGAAGCUGCUGCGCUUUUAUGGUGGGGGAAUGGGGCAAUAUUUUCAACCACUGACCCUUUCUUCCUGACUUCAGUGUUGCGGGAUUUAUAUAUUUUUUACAUUUUCGCUGCCCUUGGGUGGACAGAUUGGUUCCUAGCCUGCCAGCAGGUUAACUUGUUAUCUGACAAGCAAGAUGAAGAAGUUUUUGCAAAAUAAAAAGGCCCGACACCCGUUUCGACAGAGCAAACGCGGCCCUCGGUGUCCAUCUAAAGAUUUCUUCCUCAGCAUGCCAACAUCCAACCAGGGCUGGCCAGAGGACUUCGGUUUCCAGCUCGGUGGUAUUGGACCUACUUACAUCGUGUCAGUAGAGGAAGGCAGCAGCGCCCACCUGGCAGGGUUGCAGGCAGGGGAUCAGGUCCUGGAGAUUGAGGGUCACAAUGUGUCGACUCUGGCUCCGCAAGCCGUCAUCGCCAUCGCUCAGACUCAGAAGAACAUCCCUCCCAGCAUUGGAGUGGUGUCCCGUAUACAGCAGAUGGACAUCGUACCAGGUCCUGAUGGUCGUUUUGGCUUCACCAUCGUGGGAGACUGCCCCCUGCUGGUGGAGGACUGCUCCCCAUGUUCCCCAGCCGGACGAGCAGGUCUGAGGGCCGGGGACUACGUCAUGGAGGUGAAUGGCAUCCCCGUAAGACACCAUGAAAUGGCUGCAACCCUCAUCAAGGCCUCCCAAGGGAGGACGCUCCGUUUGGGCGUGCUGAGUCUAGGUCCAAGGCACAAGCGCAGCACCAGCCUGGAGGACAGCCAGAUGGGAGGAGAGUGGGUGAGGCUGGAUCGCAAGCACAAGGCUCUGGAGUUCAACAGGAAGGUCGACCAGAUUUUAGGAGAUGAUCCAGAGGUGAAAGAGAAGCUCUUCUCUGUGCUGAAGCAGUACGCAGCAGAGAAGAGAGUUGAAUGGUUGGCGUCGGUGCUGCUAGAGAUCCUUACCACUGAUAAGCACCGACAGCUCAUCUCCAGCAUCAGAAUCUUCAUUCCCAAGAAGCACCGGCAGCGCUUUGACGAGGCCGUCUCCCAGAACAUGAUCAACCGCCUCUGCCGCAGCAAGAGCAUCAGCGAGCCGCAGGGCAGGAUCCGGCGCAGUCGGAGCGAGGACCAUUCCGACCGCCGGCGCGGGUCCAAGCGGGCCAGCUCGGUGCCGAGGGAUGGAGGAGAACCAGAGAGAGAGAAGGGCUUAAGGAAAUCUGGAUCCGGGGUACCCACACAUCCUCCACUCGGACCCAGUCAGAGGAUGAUCCGUGUCUACAGAGGGAAAAAGAGCUUCGGCUUCACGCUGCGAGGUCACGCUCCCGUCUGCAUCGACUCGGUCAUCCCAGAUAGUCCUGCUGAGGAAUGUGGACUGAAACCAGGCGACCGCAUCCUUUUCCUCAAUGGACUGGACAUGAGAAACUGUUCCCAUGAGAAGGUGGUGUCAAUGCUACAGGGCAGCGGGGGAAUGCCCACUCUGGUGGUGGAGGAGGGUCCAUCGGACUUCUCCUCAGACCAAACCGACCCAGAGGACUCCCCGAGUCUAGCUCCUGCAAUGGUACCUCGCUCUAGGUCUCCAGCCCUCAGUUCCCUCCAAUGGGUGGCAGAGAUUCUUCCACCGAGCAUCAAGGUGCACGGACGGACCUUCAGCCAGCAGCUGGAGCAUCUGCUCACCAUCCAGGAGAGAUACACCAUCUGUAAGGCCUUGGAGACCUUCUUCCAGCACAGGAAUGUGGACACCCUGAUAGUCGACAUCUUUCCAGUGUUGGAUACUCCAGCCAAACAGCUGAUCUGGCAGUUCAUCUACCAGCUCCUGACCUACGACGAGCAGGAGCACUGCCAGAACAAACUGUCACGCUUCCUCGGUUUCAAGAGCAGCGUGUUGUUAGAUCCCGACGGAGCCCCAGAGCACCACAAGCGGAGCAGCUCUAUGCGUGUGACUGGGUCGUCCUAUCGCAGCAGCGUCAGAGAAAGGAGCUCAGAUGACUGCAUUAUCGGGACUCACCUGGGAAUGGGAAUUCAUGUCGAUGAAUGUGGGAGCCCGGAGGAGAGGCAAUCAGGAGACGGAACCUCCUUCCCCGAGUCCCCCGACCUCAGUCAUAUGACAGGUGUGUACACGGAGCUGGAGAACAUGUAUGCAGGGAAGACCGUGUCCCCCAUGCAGGGCGUCCCCCCCGCAGAGCCUGAGGUGGUGGGACAGACUGAGGCCUACGGCCGCUCUCUCUCCCCCCUCACGCUGCCCCCUCUCACAGGUAACCGUAAGUCUGGCCUGUCCCUCUCCUGGAAGGAGCCUCUUCCCACCACCGUGUAUGAGAUCCAGCACCAGAGCAGUGUGGAGUCCAACCCCUACGUCAGCCUGGAGAGCCCUCCUGCCUCCCCUCAGCACCCGGACAGCGGUCCCAACACUCUAACCCGCCGAAAGAAGCUGUUUACCUUUUCUCGCCCGCCUCGCAGCCGGGACACAGACAAGUUCCUGGACGCCCUGAGUGAGCAGCUGGGUCACCGGGUCACUCUGGUCGAUGACUUUGCGCCUGGCGAGAAUGACUACGAGGAGAUUGAUGAAGGUGGUUGUCAUGGUUUCAGAAGAAGAGGUUGGCCUAUGAGCUUCCCAGACGACCAGGACAUGGGCUUCAUGUCCCACCACCUCAGCAGCGGCAGCAGCGAGGAUCACAGCAGCAGCGAUGAGGCUCCCUCUCCCACCUACUCCUCUGGUUACGAACCGAUCCCACCACCUCCCAACCAGAGCCCUCCGCCUCCCCCGCCUUUCCAGGCUCUGAUACCCCCUCCUGUCCAGUUCACCGACCCUCUCCCACCCGUGCGAUUCUCCCCAGAGCACGUCCCCCGCAGCCGGGUGCCCUUUCAGCCACAUCACCCCAUCAUCCCUCCUCCCCCGCCUCCACCAAGGUCCCUCCUGUCCAGCCGCUCCCCUCUACACAAACCCAGCCGAGAAGAAGUGGAGAAAGCUCGUCAGCGUUUCCGAGCCACGUCCACCCGGUUCUCUCAGGGCAUCACCCCACUGAGCUCCUCUACUUUGCGGUCGUCCCACAUGUCACGCGCCAGCUACCUCCCCCGCCAGCUUAGCCAGCCUCAACCCAUCCCCCAGCCGUCCCCCCAGCCGUCCCCGCAGCCACUGAGGCCGAGCCAGUUGGUCCUGCACAGGCACCACCAGCUCCACCACCAGCACAGUUACCAGGGCCUUCUCCCACCAUCUCUGCAGGACCCCAGUCCUGCACAGAAUCAGAACCAAAGCUCCUCACUGCUCUCCCAGCCUUCGGCAUCCCACUCCUCCCUCCCCAUUCACGCCUCCAUCUCUGAAAGCACACCCCAGGAACACCAGUCACAACAGGCUCUUCCACCUCCUCCUCCACCCCUGCCUCCACCCAGUGACCCACCCCCUCUGCCCAAACCGGGCCAGCACGCAUCCGACGCCAACCACAUGAGUGUGAAGAGGCUGCGCUGGGAGCAGGUGGAGAACUCAGAGGGAACCAUCUGGGGUCAGCUGAGAGAAGAUUCAGACUACGACAAGCUCAGUGACAUGGUGAAGUACUUAGACCUCGACCUGCACUUUGGGACUCAGCGCAGACCCAUUUCUCCUCCAGAACCAGCAUUCCUGCCAGAGAACUUUAAGAAGAGAGACGUGGUGGAGAUACUGUCCCACAAGAAGGCCUACAAUGCCUCCAUACUCAUCGCACAUCUGAAGCUCUCGCCCGAAGAGCUGCGUCAGGUUCUGAUGAACGUGACCACGGACCGGCUGGAGCCGGCCCACAUCAAGCAGCUGCUGCUCUAUGCCCCCAACGAAGAUGAGGUCAAGCAGUACGAGUGCUUCGAGCAGGACCCGGCCAAACUCAGCGAGCCGGACCAGUUCAUUUUCCAGAUGUUGAUGGUGCCUGAGUAUAAGACCCGUCUGCGCAGCCUCCUCUUCAGGACCACGCUGCAGGAGAGGACGGAGGAGAUGAAGGUGGCCUUUGAUUACAUCUACAAGGCUUCAGUGGAGCUGAAGAGCAGCAAGAAGCUGGCUAAAAUCCUGGAGUUUGUUCUCGCCAUGGGGAAUUACCUGAACAACGGUCAGCCCAAGAGCCACAGGACAACCAGCUUCAAGAUCAACUUCCUCACUGAGUUAAGCACAACGAAGACCGUUGAUGGAAAAUCCACCUUUCUUCACAUUCUGGCCAAGUCGUUGUGCCAGCAUUUCCCUGAGCUGCUGAACUUCCCCAGAAACCUUCUGACUGUGCCUCUGGCAGCUAAAGUGAACCAGAGAGCGAUCACCACGGAGCUGAAUGACCUUCACUCUACAGUCCAGGACAUCAGGACGGCCUGCCAGAACAUCCCAGCCACGGCCGAGGACCAUUUUGCUUCUGUUAUGAGCAGUUUUCUGGAGAACAGCCACCCUGCGAUCCAGUCCCUGGAGUCCCUGCAGUCUCGAGCGAUGGAGGAGUUCUCCAAGGUGGCCUCCUACUUCGGAGAGGACAGCAAGUCCACCAGCACGGACACCUUCUUCGGCAUCUUCGCAGAGUUCAUGUCCAAGUUUGAGAGAGCUCUCAGUGAGACCCAGACUCCUGAAAACCCCCGAAGCCCCCGACUGUCUUCUCCUCUGGCCUGGUAGGACCAAGCAGAUCUCCCCCUGCUCUCCAUCAACCAAAGUGCCAAGAACCCACUGAGAGACGCCAGGAACAGAGGCAUGAUCAGCUCCAGGAAACCGGACCGACCCGCACCAGAUCACAUCAGGGCUUAGUUCAGGUGCUGAAACAGAACAAGCUUCUAGGUGUCCAUACGUCAGCGAAUUCACAGCAAACAUCUGUUGGACUUUAUUUCCACCUCCUUUAAAGAAGAAUUUUAUUCUGAUAUUAUUAUUAUUGUUAAAAUGUCUGACGUGCUUUGGUCAGAUCAUCACUUGGCUUACGCACAGCAGCUGUUUCAGGAGGUCCGUCAUGACCUGCUUUACCUGGACCGCUCCUUGGUGUCCCACAGGCUGAAUGCUUGGAGAAUGAAGGUCUGAUAGAUACCUGAGCUCAGUGUCUGAGGACAACUAGGUCCAGCUGUGAAGUGAUGUUCCUGCAGAACAAUUCAUUUAUUGCUCUAGAUCUUUAGUUCCAUCUUAGCUUCCUGAAAGAAAAGCUGACCAGAGUCCAAGAUGCGAUCCUGUUUGAAGAGACUAAAAAUCGUCAUUCUGCAGAGAUGUUGACCCACAGCUGGCAGUCAUGGACCUGAAGCCAGAACUAAAUCCAUACAUUUGCUCAUAUUCAGGCUUCUGUUGCACUUCUUUCUGAUUUAAUGGGGAACCAUCAUGACCCAGUUCAGCUCGUAUGGGCGGAGCAGUGAGUUUCUCAGUCAUUUCUUUGCCAUCAGGACAGAAAGAAGAAGCCAGCUGGUUGCUUCGGGAACGCAGAGCUUCCUCGUUAUAUUUUUUUUGCUUCUUCUUGCUGCUGAACGGAUCACCGGUCCUGCUGUAGAUGGUUAGCUGCUCUCUCCUGUUCAGUGCUGUGUUCUCGUGCUUUAUGAUGUUUCUAUGCACGUUCAUCAUCGUGGUUUGGACUGUACAGAUGGUGCGUUCUAGAAAAUCCCAGUUUAUUUUCUUACUCAUGAACGUCUUCUUCCUGCAGCUUCAGUGAGGCGAUCUCCUUACAAUGCAACCGUAGCAGCAGCAGCAGCGAGCGUUUGUUGUCCCAGUCGAUCGCAUGUAGGUGUUAGAAGGUGCAGCUGGUAGCAUCUCCUGCAUAGUUUUAAAAUUAAAUAGCCUUCUGUAUUCUAGUAAGGUUCUGUACUGGUUCUCUUUUCUAUCUGUUUUGUAUGUUCUCAUUGAAAGUGGCUGGUGUUCUGUGAUGGUGGGAGUCUCUUUGUUUGCUUCUAAAUAAAAACGAUGUUUUGGAUCUUUAAACGA